AUGGUCCGUAGGCCUUUUCCACUGUCUCACGGAACAACUACCCUUGGAUUUGUCUUCCAAGGUGGGGUCAUCGCAGCUGCAGACACACGUGCCAGUGCUGGGAAGCUUGUUGCAUGCCCAGCUGUUCAUAAGAUAACUCCAAUUCAUUCCCAUUUAGUGGUCACCUCCUCUGGGAGUGGUGCAGACUGCAUGCUGUGGGAGAGAAUUCUGGCCAGAGAGAUCAGACUCUACCAACUGCGGCACAGACGUCGCCUUUCAAUAUGUGGGACUGCUAAACUCCUAUCCUUUAUGCUGCAUCCCUUUAAAGGAACUGAAGUGUGUGUUGCUCUUACACUGUGUGGCUGGGAUAAGGGAGUUACUGCAUCCACUAACAGUGGUCCAAAGUUAAUAUACGUGUGCAGUGAUGGAGCACGACUGCAGGGGGAUGUCUUUUCUGUGGGUUCAGGUUCUCCUUAUGCUUAUGGAGUCCUGGAUAGAGAGCUGAGGUGGUGUCUAAGUAAAGAAGAGGCCAUCUCUUUGGCAAGAGAAGCAGUUUUCAGAGCCACUCACAGGGAUGCAUACUCAGGGAACAACGUGGACCUCUUCCACAUCACAGCUCAGGGAUGGAGCCGAAGAGCGAGAGAGGAUCUAAAAGAGGAAUAUUAUAGAGACAUGAAAAGGAGAGAGAAGGUAGCAGAGGAAAGAAAAAGACUGAUCAAAUAA